AUGACUCAACAUGGUGGGCCCAGGGUAAACAAUGUGGAAGAGGGGGAAGCUGGGGAUCUGGUGGUCAAUGUUGAUGAGGUUCAGACGUCGUUGCUAGUGGUAAAAGAACGUCUGCUGAAAGGGGGAGUGUUCUCGGGCUGUGAUGAGGGCUGUUCAGACUGUGAGGAUUCAGAGAAUGGUUGUGAAAAGGGUCCUGGACGUGCCCCAAGAACUGCUAGUACACCAAUAACUACUAGUACCCUUGUUACCAUAUCUGCACCAGUAACUGUUGGUACUCCUACUACUAUUGUUGCUUCUAAUAGAAGACCUGUUGAGAGCAGUAGGGCGGUCCCAUGGAAGUAUGAUAAUGCUUUCCGAAACAACAGAAGGUCAGGAAGUCAGAUCAGACCGGUGAAUCAGGCUCCAAUAACAAUUGGUGUGCCAGUUAGAGCUCCAGUAACUGUUGGUCCGGCUGUGGACAAUGUGGGAGGACCUGGGGGUUUUACUAGAAGUGGGCGUCUGUUUGCACCACAGACUUUGAGAGAUAGAAAUGCUGAGGCUCUUGCCAAAGCAAAGGGAAAGCAAGUUGUGGUGGAAGAAGGACCUGUGCAAAAGGAAAACAACAACAACAACAACAACAAGAACUACAACAAGAAUAACAAGGAAAAGAACAACAACAACAAUAACAAAAACAACAAUAAGAGCAAUAACAAGAAUAACAACAAGAACAAAAACAACAAAACCAACAACAACAAAAAGAACAAAAAGAACAACAACUAA